AUGGGUUAUGAUUCUUCAAGAUCACAAGCACCAUCUUUGACAUCACGCUCCUCCAGAUGUAGUCGUGUUUAUGUGAACCAUCUGACGCAUGAGGGUGAGUCUGCCUGUUACCUGGCAGCGCAGCGUGGACACCUGGAGGUGGUCCAACUGCUCCUCAAAGCACACGCUGAUAUCAACCAGCUCACUAAUGACUUGUCCUGUCCUCUUUAUGAAGCUGUUAGCCACGGGCACACAAAUGUUGUAGAACUGCUGGUAAGCAAAGGUGCUGAGGUCAGCAGAAUACACACAGAGUCCAGCUGGACCUGCCUGCACCAAGCUGCAUAUAAGGGCCACACUGAGAUCGUGCGCAUUCUUGUUAAUAAAUGCAACCCGGAGGCAGUAGAUGAUCACAGGAUUUCCCCGUUAUUUGUGGCUGCACAGUACGGACAGAGGGGGUGCCUGGAAAUACUCGUUAACGCCGGUAUUCUGGAUCGAAGGGUGGCAGAAAAGUCCUGGGAUCCACAUCCAUGUUUCGACUCCGUCCCCUGUCUUUCACACAUCUGCCGGCUGCAGGUCAGAGCACUGCUGGGACCAGAUAUCCUGAUGAGGACCAAUGUCGUCCAGCAGCUUCCUGUCCCCAACUGGCUUCAUGAAUUUCUUAAAUUCAGGGAGAUCCCAGAAGCUUCGUACACACAUGCGCCACCAUCACCUAUUUCACAGCGACUCUGGGAAUAUCCCAGUAUACACCAGCACAGACAUAACCACAUCCAUAUUCUUUAUUAAAUGCAAAUAUCUGAGUCUGGUUCAUCAUUUUAUGCACAUUCCUAUUUGGAGUAUGGCUGGAUUGGAGGUUUAAACAGAAGAAUGUCAGGUACAGAAGAGGGACAAAUUAAUAGAAAAACCAAAAAGCCUCUUACUAAGGUGUUGGACCACCAGAACAGCACUACUGCUCCUUUAUGUUUAUUCUUGAAAUGUCUGGAAAGUCACUGGAGCGCUGGACACUAUUCUUCCAAAAGAUAUUCCCUCAUAUGUUUGAUGCUGUUGGAGAGGACUGUCUAA